AUGACACAACCACAGUCCACAUAUCAGAGAAACGCAUAUCCACCGAAUUCCUCCUAUUAUCAACAACAAGAGUCACUUCCCAGUCCCGCGACUUCAUCUCGUCCAUCGCAACCAUCGCAGUCGCAAGUGCAACCUCUUCCGGGAACGUUUCCAACUCCACCGAAUUCACCACCACAACCCACACCUUUCAUUCCGGAGUUGAAUGGCACAAAAAUAUCUGGAUCGCGACAAGAGAUCAAGAGUAUUCCCAAAAAAGAAAUAUACGAGUAUAGGGCACCAUGGACUGUCUACGGCCUAGAUUGGUCGAAGCGUCCUAAUGAUAAGGGUUUCAGGCUUGCCCUAGGAAGCUUUAUCGAAGAUUGCACGAACAAGCUUCAAAUUAUAACAUCAGCCGAUCAAUCGUUCCACCGUUCUCCCGGAGUUGACUUUGUGAAAGUUGCCGAAAUAGAUCACGAUUAUCCCAUUACCAAAAUCCUGUGGGAACCUUAUAAGGGUGGUAUGAAAACGCCCGACCUGUUGGCAACAACCGGUGAUUAUUUGAGGCUAUGGGAAGUCGUCGACGAUGUGAAUAAUUCGAGUAAUACGAUUGGUGCCAAUAAUUACACGGGAAAUAGACCGCAAAGGCUGGUUCACAAAUGCACACUGAACAACACUAAGGCUGAUUUUAAUGCACCGCUAACAUCUUUUGACUGGAAUGAAGUGGAUACCACAUUGGCAGUUACGUCGAGUAUUGACACCACUUGCACUGUGUGGAAUGUUGAAACGGAACAUGCAAAGACUCAAUUGAUUGCUCACGACAGAGAAGUUUAUGAUGUCGCGUUUGUUUCGGGGUCUGUUAAUAUAUUUGCUAGUGUUGGGGCUGACGGCAGUGUGAGAAUGUUUGACCUGAGAGCCCUUGAACAUUCCACCAUCAUCUAUGAACCCCAUCAUACGCAAGCAAAUACGGCAUCACCUCUUCUCCGACUUUGUUUUAACAAGAUGGAAGCUAAUUACCUGGCCACAUUUCACAUGGAUUCUACAGAGGUUCAAAUAUUGGAUGUUCGAGUUCCUGGAGUUCCCGUUGCAGAAUUGAGGGGACAUUUGGGUCCUGUCAACUGUGUCAGUUGGGCUCCAAAUAAUAGUGGUUAUCUAUGUAGUGGAGGCGAUGAUUCUCAAGUUCUUGUGUGGAACGUCACCGGUAUGUCAUCUCACAAUGGUGCAGCUCCCGGCGUUCCCGGAAGGCAUAAUCGAGAUCCGGACUUAACUUACAAAGCUGCCAGCGAGAUUAGCCAAUUAAGUUGGAGUACACAAUGGACUGAGUGGGUGGCAAUUGGGUUUGAAAGCACCGUGCAGGCGCUGAAAGUCUGA